AUGACGUCAGACGGAGCUACAUCGACGUCAGCAGCAGCUGCAGCAGCAGCUGCGGCGGCGAGGAGGAAACCAUCGUGGAGGGAGAGGGAGAACAAUCGGAGAAGAGAGAGGAGGAGAAGAGCUGUAGCAGCGAAGAUAUACACAGGACUAAGAGCUCAAGGAGAUUUUAAUCUCCCGAAACAUUGCGAUAACAAUGAGGUCCUCAAGGCUCUCUGUGCUGAAGCUGGUUGGGUUGUUGAAGAAGAUGGUACUACUUAUCGCAAGGGAUGCAAGCCUCUACCUAGUGAGAUAGGUGGGACAUCGUAUCCUCCUUACUCAUCUCAAAACCAAAGCCCUCUUUCCUCAGCCUUUCAGAGUCCCAUACCUUCUUACCAAGUCAGCCCUUCUUCCUCAUCUUUCCCCAGUCCUUCUCGUUGUGAACCUAACAACAACAGCUCCACCUUCUUCCCCUUCCUCCAAAACGGAGGCAUUCCUACCUCUCUUCCUUCUCUCAGAAUCUCAAACAGUUGUCCCGUUACUCCACCCCUCUCAUCUCCAACUUCCAAGAACCCUAAACCCUUACCCAACUGGGAAUCUAUUGCUAACCAGUCCAUGGCCAACGCUAAGCAUUCAAUGGCGUCUUUUAACUAUCCUUUCUAUGCUGUUUCUGCACCUGCUAGUCCAACUCAUCGCCAGUUUCAUGCUCCGGCUACUAUACCUGAGUGUGAUGAGUCUGACGCCUCCACUGUUGACUCUGGUCAUUGGAUAAGCUUUCAGAAGUUUGCUCAGCAACAACAACAACAGCCUUUCUCUGGCUCUUUGGUGCCAACUUCUCCCACUUUCAAUCUUGUGAAACCUCCUCCCGUGCCUCACCAUAUGUCUCCAAAUGCUGUUGCUGCUGGUGUGUUCCAAGAGAUUGGUCAAAGCUCUGAGUUUAAAUUUGAGAGUAGUAGCCAAGUUAAGCCGUGGGAAGGAGAGAUGAUACAUGAUGUUGGUAUGGAGGAUCUGGAGCUUACACUUGGAAACGGAAAGGCUCGUGGUUAGACUUUGAACACUUGAAAGUGAGAAGAAGCUAUUAUUCUUCUUUCAGGUAUCUGGAUCCUUAUGGAAUAUCAAUUGUUCAUCAGUUACUAUCCAAACAUGCGGCACAUACCCUUCUCUCCAUGGAAGCAUUGGAGUGUUAAGUGUCAUUGUUCAAUUCAUGAAUUUGAUUUCAAAAAGCAUUAUUUGUAGAUAAGAUAUGUAUUAUUCUGUUCCCUUACAGAUGUUCAAUCCAUGCCGUUGUGUGUUGUCUUGUCAAAAAUUGAUUACUGGUGUAUCACCCACCUCCCCAUUGUGCCUCUCAACAUCAAAGAUCCAAAAUUUGCGGAACAUGCUUUUUACAACAAUGUGUAAAUUCUUUAUAUGUACUUGCAAUUUCAAUAUUUUUUUGUCAACAACUAACCAAUAUUAUCAAAUAUCUGGUUAUACAAAGCUAGCUAGAAGAAUAACACAAUCAAUGAACACAAGCUAGCUACAUAAGCUAAAUCGUGGAGAUAUAAGGCAAGAUUGCCAAACCCACCACCAUAGUUAUUUUUUUUCUGAAGUGUUAAGGAUUCAAUAGCAUUUUGUGAUCACAAAGAUGAUAAAUCCUAAGGAAGAUUCAAAAGGGUCACCAGUAUCCUUUUCCUAGGCAGUUGAGACAUCUUUGUACCCUGCAAUACCACAAAAGAAACAAACCAGACUUUUCAGUUCUGUCA